UGUUGGUCGUGGAUGAGGAUCCCCACUAUCUCCUCACAGUGGAGAACCAGCUCAAAGAAUUUAAAUACAAAGUCACAAAAUGCAACGGGCUGGCCGCCGCCUUGUCGCUUCUCCGCGGCAGCCAAAAUGGUUACGAUAUAGUCCUCGUGGAUGUCCAAGAUUUAAACGCCGAAGGAUCCGAGUUUUUCUCACAGAUCAGAUCCGAGACAGAUAUCCCCAUCAUCAUUAUGUCUACGGAUGAUUCGGUGGAAUCAGUGAUCGAAGGUGUGAAGAACGGUGCAUGCGAUUAUCUGGUGAAGCCGAUAAGACCGGAGGUGUUGAGGACGAUAUACAAACACGUGGCUAAGAAAGUUCUAGGACGUGCGGAAGAAGAGAAGGGUGAGGUCUCGUCCUCUUGUUUCACAAACCCUAAAAAGAAGAAGACCCUCGACGAAGAACACGACAACAACGAUCACGUGCAUGGUAGGGUUUCGAAAAAGAGAAGAGUGAUUUGGUCUACCGAUCUUCAUCGCCAGUUUCUGGAUGCUGUCAAUCAGCUUGGAGUUGACAAGGCUGUUCCAAAGAAAAUCUUGGAGAUAAUGAAUGAUGAGAGUCUCACAAGAGAAAAUGUCGCCAGUCAUCUCCAGCUUAGAAUUUGA